CAACCACUCCGUCCCCUCCUGUGCCCGUCUCUCCUCCGCUCUUUCUUCAACGAUGAGCGGGUUCCGGUUUUUGAAUCUCGUUCGACCCUUCCUCCCCAUACUCCCCGAGGUUUCCUCCCCGGACCGCAAGGUCCCCUUCAAUCAGAAAGUACUAUGGACGGCCGUCACACUCCUCAUCUUCUUGGUCUGCUCACAGGUCCCGCUGUACGGGAUCAUGUCCUCCGACUCGUCUGACCCCCUCUACUGGAUGCGUGUCAUCCUCGCUUCCAACCGUGGAACUCUUAUGGAAUUGGGUAUCAGUCCAAUCGUGACCUCCGGGAUGAUCAUGCAGCUCCUCGCGGGUGCCAAUCUUAUUGAGGUUGAUUUCUCCUUGAAGGAAGAUCGUGCUCUGUUCAGCGGUGCCCAGAAGCUCUUUGCUCUCAUCAUCGCCCUUGGCCAAGCAACAGUCUACGUCCUGACCGGUCUCUAUGGACAGCCCCGCGACUUAGGCGCCGGCGUCUGUCUCCUGCUCAUCAUCCAGCUUGUUGCUGCCGGUCUCAUCGUCAUCCUUCUUGACGAGCUCUUGCAGAAGGGCUACGGUCUCGGCUCCGGCAUCUCUCUCUUCAUCGCGACCAAUAUUUGUGAGUCGAUUGUAUGGAAGGCAUUCUCUCCUACCACCGUCAACACUGGCCGCGGGCCCGAGUUUGAGGGCGCGAUCGUGUCGCUGUUCCACCUUCUUUUCACCUGGAACGACAAAGGCCGCGCGCUCCGCGAGGCGUUCUGGCGCGAGCGCCUGCCAAAUGUCAUGAACCUCGUUGCAACUGUCGCCGUGUUUGCCGUCGUCAUCUAUCUGCAGGGUUUCCGCCUCGAGAUUCCUGUGAAGUCGAACCGCUUCCGUGGCCAGCGAGGAUCGUACCCCGUCAAGCUGUUCUACACGUCCAACAUGCCCAUCAUGCUCGAGUCAGCGCUCACGUCGAACGUUUUCAUUGUAUCUCAAAUGCUGGCGUCACGAUUCCCCGAAAACUUUUUGGUCAAGCUCCUCGGUGUUUGGGAGCCUUUGGAGGACUCUCCACAGCUUGCUGCCGUCUCUGGAAUCGCAUACUACAUGUCGCCCCCGCACACCCUUCAUGCUGCGCUCCUCGACCCCAUCCAUACCGCCAUCUACGUUAUCUUCAUGGUAUCUGCCUGUGCCGCCUUCUCUAAGACGUGGAUCGAAGUCUCCGGUAGCGGCCCACGCGAUAUUGCAAAGCAGCUCAAAGACCAGCAACUUGUUAUGGCUGGACACCGUGAGGGCUCAAUGUACAAGGAGCUCAAGCGUGUCAUUCCUACGGCCGCUGCGUUCGGAGGCGCCAUUCUUGGCCUGCUCUCUGUGUCGGCUGAUCUCAUGGGCGCCAUUGGAAGCGGAACGGGUAUCUUGAUGGCCGUCACCAUCAUCUACAGCUACUGGGAAAUUGGCAUGAGGGAAUCCGGCGGUCCAGAAAUGGCUGCCAUGGGCGACUUCAUCUAAAUCAGUCAAUCCAGGGAUUGGCGAAGUGUAAAAUCGUGGUGCUUGGGACGGAGGUUGAUUUGAGGCCGGGCACCCUACUCGUACAGCAGUCUAGUAGUACAGUAGUAAACACACAGUACGCCGGGAUCGAUCGUGUUUUUCUUCGGGACAAGAAGUAGGGUGGUGUACUGAGCGCGUCAUGGCAAUGAAUUAGUGGUUUAGCUGUGAGCUGUACAUGC